UCAUACUAAAAUAUGUAUUUUAUUAUUAAAGAUUAAUAAAAAAUUUAAUAAUUAUCACAAAAUGCAUGAUUUAUGCCCAUUGUGUUCGAAAAAUGGCCUUAAGAAUAAAAUAAUAUUAUUGCAAAUUAAUUUACAAGAGGCUGUAUGGGUAUGUGAAGAAGAAAAGUGUGUAUGGCCUUUUGGAUAUGAAGAUUUUGUAUUUUGUCCGAGAAUAGUAGGAAAACUCUGGUCUUAUUAUUGGAAUGAUUAUAAGCCAACAACACCAAGAUUAAAAGAAAAUCCUAUAACAUCAACUCCAUCAAAGCUACCAUCAUGUUUUACACCUGUAGUACCUACCAAACAUAUACCAGAAGAAGUUAUCAAUAAUUUAGAUAUGCAUCCUUUAGAGAAUAUUAAUGCUACAAAUAGCAGUUCAAAUAUAAUAAACUCAAAUACUAAUUUUGAUGAUCUACAUAUUUCUGUUUCUGAAAAAUCAAGUAUGAUAUCAAACAUUGAUAUUGAAAAAGAAUACAACAAUACUAAUACUUUAAAUAAUGAAACUACUGUAAAUAAUGUACAUAGCAAUAAAUUACAAUCGAUUAAUGAUAAUAUAGAAGAUAUAAAAUUUGAGAAUAAAUGGAAAAAUGAAGAUAUUAAAGAAAAAGAUGAUAUUUCCAUAGAAAAUGUUACAAGUAUAAAUACCAUCAAGAAGGCACCAAAAAUAACAAGUAUUGAAAAAACAAACAUUAUUAUUUCUAAUAUGAAAAUGGGAAAUCAGAUCCCUAAUGUUAAGUUAAGAAAUGAAGAAUCUGUUCAUCAAAAAUCAAAGAAGGAAAUUUUAGAUGUUGAAUCUGUAGAUGUUACUGAAACUAAAUUGAAACCAGAAGUUGAAGAAUUACCAAAUCUAGAACCAAGUGAAAAUUAUGAAAAUAAAUUAAAACCUAAUUUAAAUAUAACUAUGAUGAAAAUAGAUGGUUUACCACCUAUCACAUUGUCAUUUGAAAUUCCAGGAUGCUCUACAGCUCCUGAAACAGUAAUAGCUAAUACACAAUUAGAUAGUUAUAAAAGUAAUAAUACAAAACCAAACAGUUUCGAAGUGAAAGAUACAGUUGUAAAACGGAAUAUAAGUAGUGGUAAAAUAUAUGAGAAAUUCAAUUUUAGUGCAAUUAAGAAAAAGCUGGAAUCAAAUAAUUCCAGCAACACUAAUAAUAACAAAGAUAAUAUUUCUAAUGUGAAGACACAAAUUCAAAAAGUAGAAAAUGAUUUACCAGAACCAAAACCAAUUUCAAAUGAAAGUGCUAUUUGUGUAUUGAAUGAACUUGAUAAGUCUUAUUCUUCAGAUAUGAAGAUACAAAUUCAAAAGGUAGAAAAUGAUUCACCAGAACCAAAACCAAUUUCAAAUGAAAGUGCUAUUUGUGUAUUGAAUGAACUUGAUAAGUCUUAUUCUUCAGAUAUGAAGAUACAAAUUCAAAAGGUAGAAAAUGAUUCACCAGAACCAAAACCAAUUUCAAAUGAAAGUGCUAUUUGUGUAUUGAAUGAACUUGAUAAGUCUUAUUCUUCAGAUAUGAAGAUACAAAUUCAAAAGGUAGAAAAUGAUUCACCAGAACCAAAACCAAUUUCAAAUGAAAGUGCUAUUUGUGUAUUGAAUGAACUUGAUAAGUCUUAUUCUUCAGAUAUGAAGAUACAAAUUCAAAAGGUAGAAAAUGAUUCACCAGAACCAAAACCAAUUUCAAAUGAAAGUGCUAUUUGUGUAUUGAAUGAACUUGAUAAGUCUUAUUCUUCAGAUAUGAAGAUACAAAUUCAAAAGGUAGAAAAUGAUUCACCAGAAAUAAUUUCAAAUGUGAAUGCUACUUGCGUACAAAAUCAACUUGAUGAAUCUGUAAUGUCCUUAUCAAAUCAUGAAAUUAUAGAAUCUGAUGCUGUAGGAAUCAAUGCUAGUAUAAAUAUAGAUACUGCUUUGGAAGAGCUUAUAUGUAAUAAUUCUAGUAUUUCUGAAAAUAUAAGCGAUGACUGGAUACAAUCUCUAUUAAAUUAAAAUUGUUAUUGAUUGAAAUUUUAAACUGGAAUCAUAGAAUAAUUUUUAUAAAUAGAUUUGUGUUAAUUAUGUUCACUUAUAAGUAGAUAUACAGCAUACAAGAUAUACGCGGAGAUACUGGACGAACGGCUGAAGGCAAAAAUAGAAAACAAACUGGAAGAAAGACAAUUCGGAUUUAGAGAAGGAAGAAGAGUGACCGACGUAAUAUUCGUAAUAAGCCACAUAAUAGAUAAGCAGCUGAGCAGAGAAGAAGAAGAACUAUAUGCCUGCUUCGCGUACUUAAAUAAUUAAUGUAGUACACUCUGUAUAAUUAAUGUGGUAUAGGAAUAUUAUAUAUUUAACAGAUAUUUACUAUACAUAGGCACACAGCUUUAUUAUGCAAGACAUGGUAUAUUUAAAUAUAUGCAUUAUAAGUAUUAUAAUAGUCUUUAUGACUAAUUACAUAAUACAUUUUAUAAAUAUAUGAUAUCAUUCUAUUUAAAUAAUUUGAAAAUUUUAGUAUAAAAAUAAUUGUAUUUUUAUAUAAUCCUAAAAUAAAGAAAUCACUUCUUAUCUCUUGUAAUCCACGUAAAAAAUGUUUAUUCUAGAUAACUGUACUAGACUCAUUUCAUUAUUCUUUUGUAUCACUUAAAAAAGGAGGGAAUAUAACAUAAAUAUUGUUUUUU